CCGUCGAGCAACCGAGCAACUUUCUCUGAUCCCUCAAAAUAUUUCCUUUUCCUCGAAACCCUAACCCUAACCUCAGCUAUAAUCUGUUUCAAUCCUCUUCCUGAUCUGAAAUUCAUCCCUCCACACAGAUGGCAGCUAAACCACUAACCAGCGAGGCAAUUGCUCUCACUGAGAAGAAAAUGGACAUGUCAUUAGAUGAUAUCAUCAAAAUGUCCAAAAUUAACACAACCAAAGCUAAGAAGCAGCGAGUUCCAAAUAAAAGUCAAAAAUUUAUGAAUAAUGCUGGCCAAGAUAAAUCCAGAAAGUUGCGUCAGUUCAUGGACUCAAGAUCCUCUGUUCGACAGGGUGUUCUUGCUCAGAGGAGGUCAAAUUUCCAGGGUAACCAAUUUCCAUUGGCAACUGAGGCCGCAAGAAAGGCUACAGUUGCUCCUAUCCGCAACAGGACAUUUAAUCAAAGUUGGGCCAUGAAUGUGAAUAAGCCAAGGUAUUUCAUAAGGGUUGGGGCUCCACCAGGUCAGAGGAAGGCUGGAAAUGGAGGUUUUGCCAUGAAGCAGUCGCAGCAGCAGGUGAAGGUGGUGCCCAAGCAGAGACCUCAAACACUAGAUUCACUUUUUGCAAACAUGAAAGAACAGAGGGAGAACAUGUCCUCUCAACUUCAUAAAGCUGGAAGACAAAAUGGAGGUGGUGGGCAGCGAAGGUGGCAGUGGGGAAGAGGUCGAUUUGGCAAUUGAUACCAACUACAAAUGCACAGCUAGAUUGGGAAACUCAGUUUCAUUCAAGUAAAAGAUGUUUGUGCUUACCGUAUGUUUGCAUGUUAAACUACUGGGCGGACAGCCAAUCUAUGUACCUUGGAUUCAUUGUGAAUGUGAUUGAACCCGUUUCAUCUCAUUUUGCAACCACUGUUUUUCUUUUUCUUUUUCUUUUUUAAUUCAUUUGCAUUUGUUCUGUAUAGUUAUUUUUGUCUAUUGAAUGGGACAAAGGAACUGACAUUUGAUCUUGCUGAAUAGUAUUUGCAUUGUGGUUGGGCUUUUC